UAACCAUUACAGUGUGAACACAAGAAAGUACACGCUCGGUAAAAAUAAAAAGUGAAAAGUGUUAGAUUCAAUUCAACAAUGAAGGGUGACAAAUACCAAGAGCGCUCCGACUCGCGCAUUAAAUCUGCGAUAGUCGACAGAGCCGCAAAGAAGAGAAAACGUGGUCGAAGAGCCGGACGCUACGUUCAAGCAAGAAGGCGCCGCCGCGAAUUAAACGUGCACAAACCCGCUCGCGUAGCUUUGUACGAAAAAUUGGCUGCUGAAAUAGGGCUCAUAUCGACGUUAGGAGGCUGCGCACGGAAAUCCACUGCUAUUGAUAUUCCGAAGCGCGAUUCUGCUGGAACCACAGCAGCGUUUAACGACACAUCCUCUUCGUCUAGUGAAAGUAAAAACCUAGAGACAAUAGAAAUAGUUGAUUUGUGCGAUAGUGACGCCGAAACUGUAAUUAUGACGCCGCUGCAGGCAAUAGACAUUUUAGAUACGUCAAUAGCACGGAAAGUGUUUGAACAUCAUGAAAUUCCCGAUAAUAUAUUGUUAGAUUACGCGCGCAAUCCGCACGAAGAUCCAAACGUCGUACCGAGAAGUGUAUGGAAUUGGUGCGAAUUUAAAUUCGAGACUCAGUAA